AUGAGCUCCUAUUUCACUAGGAGUAACCUUCAACUCUCAAGCUUUGCCCUAGUCACUGUGGGCUGGAUCCUCUCAGUUGCCUCUAUGGGACGAAUGGAUUGGAGGGUGUGGCAUUUAGAGGAGGACCCAUCUUCCGUGAUCUCUUCUGGCAUCACUUGGGUGGGGAUCUGGAAAGUGUGCUUUUACAGCACUAUCUUGCAUCCUCCUCAGGAGAAAUCUGGCAAAAUUUGCCACUCUUAUAUCAAGUAUGCUACUUUUCUCCCUUCAGACUUUAGGAUUAUUCAGAACAUCUUUCUGUUUGCUUGCAUUCUGGGGGCCAUGGGAAAAGUCUCUAUUACCAUUGCAAUGAGGAACUUUUACUUGGGAGUUCCUCGGAGGUCAGCAAUAUGUAAUCCAUUCAUCAUUGGAGGAUUCUUUUAUAUAUCUGCUGGGAUUUGCAUCUUAAUUUGUGUAAUCUGGAAUUAUCACUCUGUGUUUACAAAUCAAAGUAUAACUUUCCCUGCUACUUUCCAUAUCCCUUCCAGUCCAGAAACGCAGGAAAUAGGGGGUGCGGUGAGCAUGGCUAUUGUAGCUACCAUCCUGAUGUUGCUAGGUGGGAUAUUUUUCCUGUCUUUUAAAGGUGGAAAGCAUACGGGAAUAUUAUCAUCAAAUGUUGAAAUUUCCAGAUCCAAGAGAAAAAUUUUCAAGAUAAAAGAAAAAAAUUGAAGUACACUGGAGCUACUUUUCAGCAGCCACAAUAAAAGACUACAAGUCCUGGAACCAUAUAUACCAGUAAUCAAAAGAACUAGGCCUGCAACUAAAAAUAUCAUAUCCAGCAAAACUAUCCAUAAUAUUGAAUGAAAAAAAUAGAUUUUCAACAAACUGGCAUGUUUUCUGGAUCUUGUCUCAAGCAAACCCAAACUUAAUAGAAAAUUUAACAUAAGAGCCAAUAUCAAAGAUUAAUUUCAAGGAACUUAAUUGCUUUUCUUCACAUGAAAAAAUAUUU